CAAAUGGAAGAAUCCCUCAACCUUUACCCGGGGUUUUGGAAUCGUUUUUGAUUUCUUUGAUGCCUUCUUAUCCUUCUCGAGUAUGGGCGGCAAUAACAAGUACCUCGGCUUGGCUUUCACCCAAUGUGGACGGAAGUCUAGAUGAAGGUCUCCUCUCUGGUGCGGAGACGCUUCUCUUCGGCGGUCUACGUUCCAACGUCGUACCCGGAAGUGUGAUCAAACCGAGAGCUUUGUUAACUCGAUGGGAUACUUGUCUUCCUUCUCAAUCUUCCAAUACCACCAUUACGCAAAGGAAGGUUCAUUCUCAGCUUUUCUCACUCGAUACAUCCGUUACGUCUUCCCGUUCGACAAGUGAAAACACACGUGAUUGGGUACCAUCACGUAUUUACAAUCCUCCUACUUUCGUACCGACAGAAUCGAUGGGUAAUGUAGGAGGUUUAAGUAUGACACGAAGACAUCGUUCUUCACGUAGCGGAUUAUCAACCGUCACCCAUGCCUCUGAUCUUAUAUCACCUUCAACACCUGAAUUGGUACCUUCUGGAUCUAACACCCCCGAUACUUCUGAUACUCAACAUGAUCUAUACACACCAAAUACAGGUCUGACCACCCCAGACGUCGAAUCCAUUGAUCUAAUUCAUUCACAUGAGAAUGAGACCUCAAAGACCAAAAUGGAGAUAGGGAUCGACAUGGUAAGAGAAGUCAAAGUGGUAGGGGAGGAUCAUGUAGGUUCUAACGGCUCUAAUGGGUCAAGUGGAUCAGUUGGAUCUCAAACUUCAGAGUGUGGAUGGGACGAAGGGAAAAAAGUAGAAAAGAAAGGUUUGAGGAAUUGGUUAGGACGUAAACUUCGAAGUGCCUCCCCAAGAAGAUGGGUUAUUUGAGCGAUUUUGAUUGUGUGUUGGUGGUAAUAGCAAAUUUCUCUGGAUGAGGAUAAGACACCUGGAGUGUCGCUUACGGUUUGGGGGCUAUUGAAGGGGGGAAGGGGAAAAAGAGGUUGUGAGAGUCCAAGAGGCAAGAGGAUUGCUUGAAGCGUUAAAUGGACAUUUUUCGUUGAUCGACCAAUAAUUCAUGAGAUGAUGAUGAGUGAUAAGAAUCGAAAGGUUAAAGAUGAGAAAUGAGUCGAUCUAAAGUGAACAAUUAUCGAGUGAAAAGAUGAACAAUUGCUAUACAAAUUCUCAAUUUAUACAUAAUGGUACAUGUUUGUCAAUAUGUAUGUUACUUCGUACAUAUC